CCCACCGGGAAAAUGCCCGGUAUGCCAGAUGGCCAGUCCAGCCCUGGCUACAGGCACCACCAGAUGGUCCUUUCAGGGGCCGUGGCAUUUGAGUCAUGAGAAACUCGAGAAAAAGUGAGCGCCAUGUGUCGACGACAGCGGUCAACCUGCAAGAUGGCCAGGCCUUACCCCAGGAACCAGAGCUGCCCCCUGCAGAGGUGGUACCCGUGGUGGCCCCUCCUAGCCUGAAGGAGGUGCAGCAGGCUGUGCAGGAGGCCUCAGAGCAGGUGGAGGGUCGUGGGGCAGAGGAAGUGCUGAAGGAGCUGCUGGAGAGGGUGGUGGUGGCAGCUAUGGGGCAGGUGGAAGGAGGAGGUGAAGAAAAAGCAGAUGAGGCAGCAGUGCAGGAGGCGUUUAAGGAGGAUGCACUCGGGGCUAAAAAAGGAGAGACUGAAAGUGACACAGAGGCUGAGGUGUCGGAGCAGACAGUGGAGGAGGAGGUGGAAGGUGAAGAUAUGGGUGCCGAGGGGGGAGAUACUGGGGUUGGAGAGGAGCAGGAGAUAGCGAAGGUGGAUGCAUUUGAAGAUGUAGUUGAGGAGGGCAAAGGAGCUGCCAAGGGGGACGAGGAGACUGUAGCUGGAUUUGUGCAGGUGACUACAGCAGGUGUAGAAACUGGAGGCAGAGAGGCAGAGGGAGUGGAGGUUAUCGGUGAGUCUCUAGACACCGAAGUCAGUCAGGAGGUUGUAGAGGAAGCUGUAGCUGCUUUAGAAGAGACAGGAGGGUAUUUAGCAGUGGAGGAGACAGGGGUGGAGGACAGCGAGGAGCAGGUUGUGUUAUGGGACGAAAGAGGAGCAGCUGAAUCAGAAACACAGGAGGUAGAGGAAACCCCAGCUGUUGUGGAUGUGGCAGUAGGUGGAGAGCCAGAGCAGGAGACCGUGGUAGAGUCUGACCCUAGCCUGGCGGUGGCUGAUGUGGAGCAGUUAGGGGAUGCAUGGGGAAAGGAAGAAACUCAGAUAGAUGAUAUGAAAGGUGAGGUGAUAGUACCACAUUUUGAUAAUUAUGAGAGAGAGACAACACAAACUGUGGCAGGAGAGCCAGUAGAGGCGGAGGACGAGGAGAAGGUAAACAUAGUGAAAGACGCUGAAGGACCAGAGGUAGAGGAUGAACAAGGCCAUUUAGUGGUGGAGGGAGGAGAUGCUGAAGAGGUUGAAGCAGAAGGUACAGAAGUAAGAGAAGCAGAAGGAGGUGAAAUAAAUGGAGGAAGUGUAAUCAAGGAGGAAUCAGUGGCAUUAGUGAAUGAGGGCGGUGACCAACAAGCAGGAGAAGAGGAGCAGAUUGCUUUGAAGACCUCACGUGGCAAUGAAAAAGAGGAUCAAGAAGUGCUGGUGAUCUCUGCCCCAGAGCCACUGGACGGCGAUGAAGCCUCCAUAGAGCAGAGCCCUGAGAACCAGGCUCCCACCCCCAGGACAUCCUUAGGUGGGGUGGAGACAGAAGAAAAUACACUUGGUGAUGAGAAAUCCAAUAAUGGCAAUGAGAUCAUUACCCAUACUGAUGACCUUUUACCACAUGACCCUGUUGUGGCCCAACCUACACUGGAUAAUUUUGUUAAGGAUUUUCCAGCUGAACCCCCUCAAGCAGAAGGGGAGGAACCAGGGGAGGCCAAUGAGCUGGUGGAAGAUACAGCCGGAAACACAGAGACAAGUGAGCUGGGACUGGAGGCAUGGAAGAUUGGGGCUAUUUCUGCUGCAGCCUUCUUGGUUUUGGAGACCGUUAUCAUCAUUAUCUAUAUCCUCAAACAUCCUCCUCGCAACAAAAACAGCAGUGUCCCGGCUCUACAGCGAGCAUGUGAGGAAGGGUGUGUUGAACCAGAGGCAGCUACAGGAGGUGACUGCCGUGACGACACACUUCCUGCAGGCAAUGGGGACGCUCAACAGAUAGCAGCACAUGACCCAUUUGAUGUAGCUUCAACCAUGGCCCAAAACAAAGAGCAGCAUGAAGAGGAACAUGCAAUAGCCAUGUCCGACCUCCCGCCCAGCUCCGCAGAGGAGUCGGCCAAAACUGGACCAGGACCAGACUCCUCACAAGACCUCAGGACUUCCAUUCUCUAGGGGGUCCAACUGUUUUGUCUGUUUUUACUGUAUCUAAACAAAAUCCAAAAAGCCACUCUCCAUCCCUGCACCUAAUCUACCCAGACACCCAAUGAAUUACCCUACAUUCUCAAACCCUAACCAACCCGACACAGACUGCCUGGAAUUCUGACUAUAAUAACUACUGUAUAUGUAAUACAUUUGUAUUUGGUGUUUGUGACCGCAUGUCUGUUUGUGUGAGUGUAAAUUGAAAGAAAAAGAUACUGUCACACAUUUGGCAUAUGUGAGCAUGUGGAAAUAGGAGUGUGCAUUAACAGGUGAGCACACUGUUGGAAAAAGUGAACAGGAAGAGCAUGUAUUAAAAUACUCUGUGCAUGUAUGAGUGUGUGUGUAAAUAGGAUAAACAUGUUAUGAAUCUAGUUUGAUGUCUGUAGGCUUUUUAGGCUACAAUGAAAUUGUUAAGAAAUGUUUUUCAUACUGACCAAAUUAGUCAUGCUGUACAAAGCUGUUAGAAAUGAUGUGAAAAGGGCAGUGGGUAUGACCAAUUUUCCAACCAAGUUUUAUCAACAAUUCACAAAAGCCUAUUUUUACAGUAUCAUGGAGUACCACACUCGCCAACAAGAAAUAAAAAAACAUUUGAGAUAACAUUGACAUUAAGUUUAAAACUAUUUGAUUUUUAUUCUAAAUAACUCCUGACCUGUGUAUCAUCAUUUGUGAUUUGAGCAAUUCCAAAUUAAAAUGAUAAUGUUGAA